AGCUAGGCAGUGUCUUUCAGUUGAUCAAAAAGCAUGCUAACAACUUAGUUAGCCAGCAAGGAGUAAUCUGUUAUCCAAUGAUAUAUUUGAUACGAUAUACCGUUGGAGUGUACUGUGGAUCGUUUUUCGAGGAAAUCAAUAGGACGGGUAUGCUGUAACUUGCUAGCUAGGACGAGCUUAGCAAGUUAGCCUUCUGACUUUGGCUUUGUGGCUGUGAUGUCUCGAGUCUAGGAAGACUGACUGUACACAUUUAUAGAUGCUAGACUGGCAAUGAGGAUUAAAACAGAAGAUGAGACUGAUAGCAAAGACAAUGUAGUUUACAGGUCUAGUCGACAAUCAUCAGGAGCCAGCAACUCAUCGUCCAGCAAUUUGUACAAUUUUAGCUAGUUAAAGAUAGCUCUAGCUAUUUUGUUAGCCAGCUAGCUAGGUAGCUAUGCACCAGCUGUGCUGCGUAACGUUAGACACUAGCUAGCCUGCGGUGGCAAUCUUGAGUCCUUUUAAUCCGUCAGAUAGUAUGCAAAUUGAUGGACCAGAAGUAGCGAACCUUAUCUAACUUGCAGACAUGCAAUGGCGUUAGCCCAUUUUGUACAGAGUGAGGUUGCCAACGUGCAAACGAUUUGAGAACUAUGGAGGUGGGCUCUACGGUGUUGGAGGAUAUUGUUUUCCGAGGAGUGGAGUUUUCCGUCAAGAUAGAGCUCGAGGAGAGGAUACUGGUUGUCGAAAUUUCGGACCCAAUGACAGCUGAUCAAUGGAGAGGAGAAUUUGACCCUGCAUAUAUUGAGGACCUGACUCGCAAAACUGGCAACUUCAAGCAGUUUCCCAUCUUUUGCAGCAUGUUGGAGUCUGCAGUCAGAAAGACCAGCGAGUCGGUGACCCUUGACCUUUUGACCUACGCUGACCUGGAGCUCCUGCGCAACAGGAAGGCUGGAGUCGUAGGUCGUCCCCGUGGCCAGCAACAGUCUCCUGCCCUGAGUGCUAAAAGAUACCUCAUCCUCAUUUACACAGUGGAGUUUGACAGGAUCCACUACCCGCUCCCCCUGCCCUACCAGGGCAAGCCUGACCCUGCAGCCCUGCAGAAGGAGAUCCGCGUCUUGAGGGCUGAGCUCAACGCACUCACCAAUCACGGAGGUCACAAACCAGCGGAAACAGAGAUUUGUCGUCUACGGGCAGAACUGGGUCUGGUGAAAGAGGAGAAGGAGGCCCUUGCCGUGGCCCUGGAGAGGCUGCGGGUGGUUGGGGCGGCUGCCACCCCUGGCGGAGGGGCCCGUGGGCUCCGGGACGUGGUGAGGGGCCUGGAGGAGCAGCUGGUCAGGGAGAGGGCCAAGACCCAACGCUCGGCGAGUAAACGAGGCCAGGAGCAGCGCUUUCUGGUGGAGCAGUUGGAGGAGCUGAGGGCAUCGGAACGCUCUCUCCGGAUCCGUGUGAAGAGUUUGACAAACGAGCUGGCCUUGCUACGGAGAGGGUUAGACAAUCUAAGCAUCAGGUUGACUCCGACCCUCUCGGGGCGCAGUAACUCCCGCGGGGACGGGGACAUCCGACGUUCGCUUUCCCGCGAGCGGAGCGUGGGCCGCGUGGUGGUCAGGGCUCGUUCGGGGUCGAGGGAGCGGAUAGAGGACAGGGGUCGGAGGUCGGAGGACCGGGGGCGGAGGGCGGACUCCUCGGGGCCUCUCGCCCACAUCCGCAGACCAUCACCGUCUCCCACAGGAUUGCCGGCACCGCGUUUCGACCCCACCGCCUACAUCCAGGACAGACAGCGCAGACAGAGAGAAGCAGAGCUCAAAAGCCAGAGGAAGGUCCGGAGGGACAUGCUGGCAUCUCCGGUUGUCCUAGAGAGAGGGCGCUCCCGCUCCAGAGAGGCCUAUCAGCAGGUCCGGACGGGCAGCACGGGAAGAGGGAGGAGCGUGUCUGUGGAGAGCAGGAGGAGCAGACAGUCUUCUGAGAACUCCUUAGCAGACAUGGAUGAGUUGGCCCAGCCUCUCACCUCCAGAGGGAGGAAGCAGACGUAUAAUGGCCCUACAAUGCCCAGAGGAAGACUUGGGAACAGGAAGCCACUAUGCAGCACUCCCACUUACAGGAUGCGACCCGAGAAAGAGAGCUCCUUGGAUGCAGGGACCGAUCUCACUGAGAUUGAUGCCAGACUGCAGGCUCUCCAGGACUACAUGAGGGACCUGGACACAGGACACUAACACCAUGAGCUCUACCAACCUCAGAGACACUUGAAGAGACAUGAGGCCUCUCCUCACCUCUGUUGAGCCUGGGACCCAGACACUCCCAAGCAUGAGCCCAGCUGUCACGGAGGAACAAUGCUCUCUGUCACCUCAUGUUAGAGUCCCCGAUGGUGAUACAGGUAGCCUCCCACUGUGAAGGAUAUCAAGCUCCUGGUUGUUUGUACUGGGCCUUCAGGACCGAUAGAUGUUUUGUACCAGGAUUUUAUGUGUAUUUUGACUUUUAAAAUAGAUUUCCUCUUUUGCACAAUAUGUGGCUUAUGAAUGUUAGGCCUGUUGUUUAGUUUUUUUUUUUUUUGACAUGUUUGAGUCUGUAAAUAAUAUAACUUUAUUUUAAUCAUU